AGCAGUCGACCGGCCGAAGUCUUUGGGACUGAGGAGAGACUUUUUGCUGCCGUUGCCGCUUCCCUCAUUUCAGGUUGAAAACGGAUAUUUUAACGAAAUUACAGAUAAUUUCUACCGGGAUUCAGCGGCUGCGGAAUCGCUGACUAACACCAACAUCCCAGCGGCGUCCAGACUGUUUGCUGCCCUGCUGCUGGCGGUUAGCGUCGGUUACUGCUGCUAAACAUGGUGGCCUGUAGGCACAAACGAAGACACGACCCUAGUCCCAGGGGUUUUGACAUAUUUUUAAAAGCGAUUUUGAGGCCGUAUUGUGACACAUUGCAGCACAAUACUUAUAUUAUUUUCCCCCUGCCGUGUUUUGCAGGUUUGGGGACUCGGUGUUGGCGGCUGCCUGUCUGUUUACGGUGAACAGAAAAGCGACAGAGCAGCACCAUUCGUGUUUUGUGGACCGUGGAUAACUGCAGUUACUUGAAAAGUUGCCACCAGCCAGCAUUAAAGUUUCUCUAUAUCGGGGAAAGCUGUAAAACAUGGACACAUGAUUGCAAAAGGAGGUCCAAAUAGUAUCACUAUUUUGAUAUUAUAAAGUUUUUUUUUUUUUUUUUUUUUUUUAAUUAUUAUUAUUGCGGAUGGACUUAGCACUCACUUUUGAAUUUUUGAAUGAAUUGGUAUACAAUUGCCACUUGCUGAAAGUAUUUUCUCUUUCUAAAAUCACCACUGACACUUGACUCAUUGUGAAUUUGUGGAUUACUAUUAUGGAUUGUGUGUUAUUAUGGCUUAAUCCAGAUCGCGCAAGGCCGGGAAUUUUUGGAAUAAUUUAUGAAGAUGAUGGUAACGAUAAUGACGGAGAAAGCGGUGGUUUCCUUCCAUAGGAUUUUGAACAGAGAGGAUAAAUUACAUGGAGACUCGUCUGACAUGCCGAGGAAGGAGUUGCCACUACCUGAAGGUUGGGAGGAAGCCAGAGACUUUGAUGGGAAAGUCUAUUACAUUGACCACAUCAACCAGUCCACCAGCUGGAUCGACCCCAGAGACAGGCAGACGAAACCUCUGACAUUUGCCGACUGUAUCGGAGAUGAGCUGCCGGUUGGCUGGGAGGAGGCGUAUGACCCCACUGUGGGAGCCUACUAUGUCGACCACAACACCAAGAGCACUCAGCUGGAGGACCCGCGGGCGCAGUGGCAGCGGGAGCAGGAGGCCAUGCUGCGGGAGUAUCUGAACGUGGCCCGUGAUGCACUCAGUGCCCAGAAGGAGAUCUACCAGGUGAAGGAGCAGCGGCUUCGCCUGGCGCAGCAGGAGUACCGUCAGCUCAACGACGCCUGGAGGGACAAGUCGACGUCACAGACCAGCUUGAAUUCCAGAUCGUCCUCUUCCAGCAAGUAUGACCCGGACAUCCUAAAAGCAGAGAUAGUCACCGCCAAAAGUCGGGUAAAUAAGCUGAAGCGGGACCUGGCCUGUAUGAAGCAGGAGCUCCAGUACAAAGAGCAGGGCUUCGAGACGCUCAAAGAGAUCGACCACAAGGUGUCCAAUAGUCCGUAUGGCUACAAGCUGCAGGAGGCACAGGCUAUCCUGAGUGAGGUGCGCUCCAUCCGAGAUGCCAUCAACUCUGGGGAGAGGGAGAAACAGGAGCUCAUGCAGAAACUGGCAGUGUUGAAAGACGGUUUCCAAUUGGACUCAGGGUCCCAGCAGGAACUGUGGGGCAGCAGUCCCUCCCUGGCCGGCUCUGAGCUGUCCAUCCCUCGCCUCUACUCUGAUGCCGGCUCCCAGACUGACAUCCCUGCUGAGUUCAUCACCAACACCAACAAACUGGCAGAGAAGGUUCGACUGAGUCUGAAGUACGAGGAAGCCAAGAGAAGGAUUGCCACCAUCGAGGUGCAGAUCGCCAAACUGGAUAGUGAGGCUUGGCCAGGGCUGCUUGACCCAGAGCGUGACCGCCUCAUCCUCAUCAAUGAGAAGGAGGAACUGCUGAAGGAGCUCCAGUACGUACGUCCCAGCCGCCGCAUGGAGCCCAAUGAUGCUGAGAAGCUGGAGUCACAGAAGAAGCGUUUGGAGAGAGACCUGCAGGCAGCCCGAGACAACCAGAGCAAGGCCCUGACUGAGAGGCUGCGGUUGCACUGCAAGAGAAACAAGCUGGUCAGAGAGCUGGAGGAAAUGGUCCGAUUGGCUACAUCACUACAUUCUCAACUCAAAAGCUUGUCAGCUAGCACGCUCUCCUGCUCAUCUGGCAGCAGUCGUGGCUCUCUGACCUCCAGCCGUGGCUCGCUGGCCACAACCUCCAGCCUUGGCUCAACCUCUUCCCUCAGUUUCACUGAUAUCUACCUGGAGCAGCCCGAACUGGCUGACCCCGAUUUCCAGAACAAGCUGGACAGCCUCUUGCAGGAUGGCGGCCCAGGAGGCUACCGACCCUCCAGCUCUAUCACGACCAUACAUGAGCACGAGGUGGUGUCGGGGUCCGGAGGGAUGGACACGGGUAUGGCCGAGGUCAAAGUGUGCGGGGUAGUCGGGCUGGGAGGAGGUGGGGGCUGUUCUGCUGGAGGAGGCAGCGGCGAAGGUGUGGGAGGUGCUGGAGCAGAGGCUGGGUCAUCCAGGAUCCAGGCACUCAGACUGUCAGAGACGCCACGCUCCAUGAGCUCCUUGUCACCACGGUCGUCACUCUCUUCCCUGUCGCCACCGUGCUCGCCACUGGUCACGGACACUAGCUUCCUGUCUGGGGAAGCCUUUGCGGGGCAGACGGGAGCCGGCGGACUGGGGCUCGACUUGGAACUCCACAGCAGACUGGCAGAGCUGGAGCUCGGCCUGGACUCCCAGGAGCAGCGGCAAGGGGAACAUGGAGGCCCCAGUGAGGUGGAGGGCAAGCAGAACCACAGCGCUGUGCCGGGCGAGGAGGUCAAAGAGUGUGCCCCGCAGCUUCGAGUGACUGGAGCAGGGCCGAAGAAGAUGGGUGUGACCUCGGCUGUGUCUGACGAAUCAGUGGCUGGUGACAGCGGAGUGUAUGAGCCGUCAGAUCGCAGACUGGGCCACCCUGCAGAGCUCCUGCUGGGCUCGUAUGAGGAGAGGGUGACAGGAUGUUCUCAGGUGCAGCUCGGCCUCCGUUACGAGCCUAGAGACCAGCGCUUCACCAUCUACGUCAUGCGGCUGUUGAACUGCAGUGCCCUCUGUCUGCCAGCUGACCACAAAAUGUACCUGCGUGUGGUGGUGCUGCCUUGCUCCGAGGCCAUGCGCUGCUUGUUCCGAACCCGUGGUUCCCUGCCUCAGGACACCAUGGAGGUCAACGAGGUGUUCAGUCUCCAGAUAUCCCACAACGCACUGCGGCAGAAGACCCUGCGGGUCGACGUCUGCAACACCAGCAAGUCAGGCCGGGAGGAUUGUCUGGCUGGAGCUCAGAUCAGUCUGGCUGAUGUAAACUGUUCGGAGGAGAGAUGCACAAAGUGGUACAACCUGCUCAGCUACGCCUACAUGCCUGAGAUCAACAACAAGGACAAAGAUGGCGACACAGCCACCAAGUCUGACCGGACUUGUGUUUCUAGCAGUGAGAAAGUCAGAGCAAGUCUAGAAGGAGCGACUGAGGACGAUGAGUGGCAUGGAGACCCACUGGAGGCAGACAUGUUCGAUGAUGAGGAAGUAAAUGUUGUGGAGGGGGUGGGGCCAAUGGACGAAGAGGAUUUUUAUCCCGAUAGCAGCCAAUGGGAAGCAGAGGAGGAGGAAGAGGAGGAGAGGGAGGAGGUGACCAAACCCACUACAACAGGAGCCAUUACAGAGAAGGUAAACAAGGAGACCAGUAUGGAUGGUUUGUUGCCUCAUCACUGCUCUGUCGUUCGGCCAAAGGAGCGCCGUCUGGACGUCCCGCAGCAGAACCCCUUCGUCAGGGGAAAUACCAUCAUCCGCUCCAAAACCUUCUCCCCUGGACCCCAGAGCCAGUACAUCUGCCGGAUUAACCGCAGUGACAGUGACAGCUCCACACUCUCCAAGAAGUCGCCGUUUGUCAGAAAUGCUUCGGAGAGACGCAGCAUGCGCAUGAAGAAGCCCCCCGUGCCGGUUAAAGGGCUGGAUGGCCUGCUGCGGACGUCUCUGGACCUGGAGCUGGACCUGCAGGUGUCCCGGACCCGGCAGGCGCGGCUGGCUCAGGAGCUGCGGGUGCUACGGGAGCUGAAGGAGCAGCUGGAGCGGGCGAGGCAGCAGGGCCAGCGCGAGUUGCCCGCCUGGGUGCAGGAGGACGAACGCUUCCGCCUGCUGCUGAAGCAGGCUGAGAAACAGACUCGUGAGGAGCAGCUGCAGGAGCAGCGGGUGGAGAAGAUGAUGAGAGCUGCUGCCAAGGACGUUCACAAGAUCAGGGGUCAGAGCCGGAAGGAAGUGCCUGAGGUCCAGACCUUCAGAGAGAAGAUGGCGUUCUUCACACGAGCAAAGACGAGCAUUCCUGACCUGCCAGCCGACGAUGUGUAGAGGAGCAUUUCAAAAGUAUUCCCCCGAGUCUCUCCUGCUGUUCCCAUGCAAAUGAAGCAAACAUUUGGCGGUGUUAUGAAGAAUUAACAAAUAACAAAAUAAGUAGAAAAAAAAACAAGAAAAAAAAACAGGCUUUUUUAUUUUUAAGAUCUCAGCGUUGCUAAUGUGUAUAGUAAUUCUUUUUAAAUUAGUAAUAGCACUAGUAGAACUUUUUUUCUCUAUCUUCCACUCUUUAUGACAUUGUUUUACUGUUACUAAUACGUGGAUGUUGGUAGGCUGAGUCUUAGGUGUUUUACCACAAAUCAUUCCAG